AUGUACGGCCGCCAAGAAAACUUGCCAGCAAAGAUCUGGGUGCGUGAUAAGCUGAUCGCGGAGAAAGCCGUUCAUAUCCCGACAGUGCAGCUUCCGAAAUUAUUGGAACCGCUGUUUCAAAUGCAUCGGAAUGCGACCGCAGCGGAAAUACCAACGCUUCUGAUAGAACUGGAGCGUAGCACAGGCGUCCAUAAGGACCGGAUUGCUGAGUACUUCCAUAAACGAAAUGUGGAGGAGGACACAGCUCAGAAACCAGAAAAACUAAAAUGGCUCCGGAAGGGUUUAUUCGGGAAAGACCUCUACCGCUAUGUUCAGGAGGAUAUCAGCAUCAAUGGAGAGACUAAAGUUGACCCAUGGAAGGCGUACCUGGAAGCCCCUGAAGUGGAUGUCCCCGCUGGAGACGGCGCUUACGUGGGUGCCAAUCGAACUAGCUUGGGCAUGAUUCGUGCGAUGCGUUCACGCAACCCAUUACCCUUCACGGAACAACAGUUGCUGGAAAUGUCUCGUUUGACUGGACUGAACAUACAAGCGAUCCUGAAAGCGGAUUCCCAGAGUGCAGGAGUUAAUCGUUGUGCUCCACAGCCAAGCCUGCUACUACGUAAACGUGUUCGCGGCUUUGGGUGUAACCAGUAUGUAAAACAAGUGAAUAUCCCCGAGCAACCCAAGGAUCGUAUUGGACAAAAACUAAUACAACGUGUGGAAGACCUUGUCAAGAUGUUGAAUUUUAUAACAUCCAAUGCAGAUUCCGGAUCCGUAUUCACACCAAAGACAUUGGAGAUGCUCGAAAAUCGCACGAUAGAGGAUCUUGGGAAAAUGGUGGUUCCGCCAUUCUAUGAUCUCGAUGUUCCCUGGCACUUGAUCCCUUCGAGUCCAUCUGCUCAGCAACAUUCAUUUCUCGAGCUGCAGGCUGCCUACAGGCUCGAACUGGCAAAAAUGCCGAAAUCGACGGAUAGCCAAAAAGGAAGCCGAAAGCUAAAAUCUGACGAUGAACCGACCAUGCUGACGCUCAAAGAUGGCGAAAAAUUCGAAAUCCAACUCGACAAAAAAAAUGAAAUCACGGUCAAAAAAGCUAAGAAAGAAGAAGAAGAACGCCAUAGAAAUGCCAUCAUGAAGGCCAUGGACAAGGUCGAAGCGCACUGGGACGACAAAAAGAAGCAGUAUGCGUUGGCUGGUGCGUUUGGACAAGCGAUCGGCAAAUACCUCGGGGAAGAAAUAAUAGGGAAUCCUCAGAAGAAAUUAGAACAGGUAUUUGGACAAAGCGUUGUCAAAGACACGUUCAAGUGGAUGCGAACAGCGCAAGGCCCCCUACAGGCGCUCGGCAACCUCUACGGGCCGCUCGGUGGGGCGCUCAGCGUCGUCUAUGGCUUGCUCGAUAUCCUCGAGGAGCCCACUCCUAACCCGGUUAUGGAAAUGCUGAAAGAAAUGCGUGAAGACAUGCGUAAAGGAUUCAACGAAAUUAGAAAUAAGUUGGAUGACUUGCAGAUACAGGUUGCCGCGGCUCUGGCAAAAACAAUGCAAGCGAUUGAGCGACAAACCGCGAUAAUGCAAGACUUCAUCGAGGAAGAGUGGUUUAGAACACAAAUUUCCUCUCCGUUGAGUAUUAUUUCGAGCCGAAUGGACACUGUUUUGCAUCAUUCCAACGACUGGCUUGCCCGAGAGGAAUUUGAGUAUGCCGUCAAACAAUACGAUCCAUGGGGUAUUGCGAAGCGCAUCAGUGAAGAAUAUCGCGACCGCAUGGUUGCUCUUACCAAACGCAGUCACUUUGAUCCGGCGGUGUUUGGGGAAAAAAGCGCAAAGCUCCUAAUGGCGCAUUGGCAAGCGGGUCUCAUGUUUAUCGCGACAUGGAAGGAUAACGAGGCCAUCCGGACUGGCGAGGGCUAUCAGGAGCUGAAAGGGACUUUGGACAUGGAUUACAAGCAGAUGUUGUUGACAGACACCUUGAUGCGGCAGAUCAUAACCGAUAUGCAUCUGUUGGACGCGAAGGACGCCACGAUACAGGAAAUCUAUUUUUUUUGCAAAGUG